AUGGAGCCCCGCAAAACCCCUCCAGAGUACUUCCUGGAGAUAUUCGCCGACACCACAACAGUGCGCGAUGUGCUAAAAGGCGUCCUGAACCUCAUCUUCUUCCACCGCUACUUCCCGUCUAUUCGACCCGUGACCUUCGAUGUACUGGACUUUACACUACCUGCGAUCAAUGAUGCGGACUUGGAGACGUUGAUUGAAUCUCGCGUUAGUGCCCUUGUGCGGCAGCACCUGUCCUCCGCUGCAGGCGGAGAAGAUGGGAAAGUAGGCGCCGGAGGGGGUGUACGUGGUCGGAUAGCGGUGGAAUUUUAUGAGAAGAAGAGGCGCCGGUCAGGGCUUUGGUUUGGUGGGUUAGCUGGGAAGGGAGAGGAGGAGGUAUGUUGGGAGAUUUGGACGUUGGAUGUGACGAUUGCAACGCCGCGGACGGAUUCCGAACGAGCCAAGGUCCGGAAGGCCAUGGGCAAUAUGCUUCAGAAAGCUGCGUUGAAGAUCCUUGCUGUUGUGAAUCGGGACAAGGACCAUAUUCCGCCCAUCACGACUAGUGAUUCCAAUCCCUUCCCUUAUCGCAUUGUUGUUAACCCGCGGACCGAUGGUUGGGGUAACCGCAUUGGGUUGUAUUAA